AUGACCAGCGGAACCCCAUCCUCCGCUUUCGAGCACGACCCACUCGUCGACUCUACUACACACUUCCGCCUACUACACAUUCUGCGCGGUGAUUUUGGCCAGCAUGUUGAAUGCGAAAUCUCCUCAUGGCCGAUCGACGAUGCGCCGUCCUACUACGCGAUUUCGUAUACCUGGGGCGACCCAGCUGACACUACCGAAAUUACCGUCAACGGCAAGCCGCUGGCUGUACGUCGGAACUGCGAAUACGUUCUUCAGCAAGCUUUUGCGACAAAGGCCAGUCGAUAUUACUGGGUCGACGCUAUUUGUAUUGCGCAGACGAGUAUACAGGAGAGGAAUCACCAAGUCGGCAUUAUGGGCAAGAUCUAUUCGGGGGCGAAGCACGUUUUCGCUUGUGUUGGGCCACAUGCAGACGAUAACCUCUGCCAAAUCACUUCGGAACUAGCAUCGUUACGCGACGCCAUUGCGUUACGUUCGAGCGAGGCUCCUGAAACGGUCCUUCGACUACAAGACAAUCCUGAUUCUGAGAAUACCAAAGUCCGGACGAGCUGGAUGGGCAUACGAAUUAUCGAAGGCAAUCGAAUCUCCGAGCAUGCCGAUGGCCGAAGGCAGAGUAACCUAAACUCAUGCUAUGUAGAGCAUGUGCAGAACGGACACUUUGUGUUAACACGGAUGGGCUCACAAAUUACCAUCCGUGCACAUGUCGAAACGAAAGCGGGUGAUUGGUGUCUGGUAGAGGAUUUGUCUCCUCUUCGGAAUGGUGGCUACGGGUUGAUCCUCAGGGAAUUGGACGAUCACAAAUACGUAGUAGUCGGAUCAGCAUUGAUAUAUUAUAAGGACGACAGAUCUAGAAUUAUUGAAGAGGAGCAGAGUCGCUUAUCACGUUUCAAGGGGUGGUCGGAUCCGGAGGACCUGAUGGUCCUGGCAUGGAUGCUGGAUGAAGUCGAGGGCAAGAAACAUGUUUCCGACGAAGACAUCGAGAAGUUCGUCAACAUGCGCAUCUGUGGCUGGAAGAACUCUUCAUAUUUCGAAAAGGUUGUGAAAGACGUUUGA